ACCAUCCACAUGGCCAGAACCUUCUCUUUCACCACUUUGUGACCAAGGUCCAAGGGCUGACUUUUAUGCAUGCAUCAUGGCAGCCAACCCACUGGUGGGUGCUUACCAAAAGCUUCAGGCUAUUAUGAAAAGUCUGAACUUUUUUCCCUGAAAGAGUCACCAGAUGUGAGUUUCUUUGCCCAACACAGCCCAGCGGGCUGAAUCUGGAGGUGACUUUCUUAGACUUCAGCUAUUUGCAUACCACCAGUUUCAUCUACGUCAAGUUGAAGACUUUUAAAAACCACACCGAUAGGAAAGGAAAAGAUUAGCACUCUGCGCAGACCAGCGAUGGGGUGGUUCCUGGCUGGGGCCAGCACAACAUUUCACAGUUCUCUAUAGACCUUGAAAGGGAGCCUGAUAAAAAGGGUCUGAAAGCAGCAGAUCAGGGCUUCCUCCUGGGUUCCACCUCUGGGUACCUCCAAGCCUCUGCCUUUUCAUGAACAAAAUGGAUUCCAACAGCUCUUCCAUCUGUAUGAUCUACAAAGACCUGGAGCCAUUUACAUAUUUCUUCUACUUGAUCUUCCUCGUUGGAAUUAUUGGGAGCUGUUUUGCAGUCUGGGCAUUCACCCAGAAAGAUGCAAACCCCAAGUGUGUGAGCAUAUACUUAAUUAACUUGCUCACGGCAGAUUUCUUGCUCACUCUGGCACUGCCAGUGAAAAUUAUUGUCGAUUUGGGAGUGGCCCCCUGGAAGUUAAAGAUUUUCCACUGCCAAGUGACCGCCUGCCUCAUCUACAUUAACAUGUACUUAUCAAUUAUAUUUUUAGCCUUUGUCAGCAUGGAUCGCUGCCUCCAGCUGAUACACAGCUGCAAAAUUUACAGGAUACAAGAGCCUGGCUUUGCCAAAAUGAUCUCCAUAGUGGUGUGGCUGAUGGUUCUCCUGAUAAUGGUACCCAACAUGGUGAUUCCCAUCGAUGACAUUCAAGAGAAGCCGACAGUUGGCUGCAUGGAGUUCAAAAAGGAGUUUGGGAGGAACUGGCAUGUCCUUACUAAUUUCAUUUGUGUGGCAAUAUUCCUAAAUUUCUCAGCCAUCAUUUUAAUAUCCAACUGCCUGGUCAUCCGCCAGCUCUACCGAAAAAAAGACAGUGAGAACUACGCGAAUGUGAAACGGGCUCUGAUCAAUAUUCUUCUAGUAACUGGAAGCUACAUUAUCUGUUUUGUCCCUUACCACAUCGUUAGGAUCCCCUACACUCUAAGUCAGAGCAACGUCAUCACAGACUGCCCAACCAAGAUCUCCCUCUUCAAAGCUAAGGAAGCCACCUUGCUGUUAGCAGUAUCGAACCUCUGUUUCGACCCUAUUCUAUACUAUAACCUCUCAAAGGCAUUCCGGUUAAAAGUGACGGAGACAUUUGCAUCACAUAAGGAGACAAGUGGCCAGGAAGGAAAACCAAGGCAUGGGAGUGAGCUAUAAGAGAACCCCAGUUUAAAGUUCUCACAAAUACAGACUGAAAAUCCUAUACGGGAUGGAGGAAGAGCAUUUACCUGGGAAGACUACUGGACUGGUGUUAACACCAGCCAUGGGUCAGUGGCAAUACCAGAGCAAAAAAAUGGGGAUUGGUUGGUUUGUGGACACUGUGUAUAAUGAAAGCAAACCAGCUUGUGAUUGCUCAGAUGCCUUAACCAAAAUAUUUAUACAAAAACCCAGCAAGUUGUGGGGAAUAACAGAUGCAAAACAAAGCAAUACCCUUGGCAUCUAAAUGAGGUUUAUAAAAUAGGCUCAAUGAACAAGUGGGAAACUGAUGGUGAAUGAAACAGUUUUAAGACUCCUAGAAUUACUUUCUUCUUUGAAGUGACCAUAAUAGUCUCAAUAAAGGUGUCUAAGAAAUACAAGUGGCAACAGAAGGCUCUAAGGAACUCAUUCAUGUAGUUCUGGUAUUACCUUCAAACCACUGAUGGUUGGUUUUUCUAUCCACUGCUCUAAUGACAGCAGUUUCCCGAGUCCUCUGACGAUGGGGUAAUUAUCAGAAUUUAAUAAACCUUAAAAGGAAAAAUUUUUGAAGGAAGCCUUGAGAUACAGUAGUUUGUUUUUUUAAUAGUCUGAACUGAUUAUAUCCUACCUGAAGGCUACAAAUAAAGUGUAUCCAACUUUAAUAAUGGUCAGCCUUAUAAUUUUGCUAUUGGGAAUAAGUGAAAAUGUUACAAUGCAUUGACUAAAUAAAAUUUUCUUUGAAAAAAAAAGAAAAAUGGUACAAUGCCAUAAGCAUUGGCUCUGCCAUCAGAGCACCUGGGUUAAAACCCAAUGCCAUAUGGUAUUCCUGAGCAGUAUGCUAGGAAGUAGGAAAUAUUGGAAUUUAGAGUAAAAGGAUAAUCUCCUCUCUACUGUUCUCAAUAAUAAUGUUUCAGGACUCACUUUCUUGCCACAAAAACCUCUUCUUCAGGUAUGUCAUAGAGUUAUGGGUUUGGAACCAGAGGGGACCUCUGCGAUCAUCUUGUCCUAUACCCUCAUGCUAUGGAAAAAGGAACUAAGAAAGGCUGAGUGAUUUGCCUAAGGUCACAAAGAGGGUAAAACAACAGGGCUGGGAAUUGAGCCUAAAUUCUCUAAAUUCAUACCCAGCAUUCUUUAUUUGCAUGAUUGGCUACUGUAGACCAUUUCCACUUCUAAAGAGGGAAGGAGGCAACAAUAACAUUAAAUUAGAAGGCGCUGGAAAUGGGCAGCUGAAUCAAACUUAAGGUAAAGGGAUGGAGGCAACUGAGGGAUUAUAACAACGUUAAACUUGAAGAAAAGCAGACUAUGUUGAUUAAAACAUAUUUAUUUCCUUUAAGGGCGGGUAGCUUGACACUUGCACACGCACACAGAUACACACUUAAUCUCUAACACGGAUCCCUGCUAUUGGAUAUCCAUUUCUCAAAUGUUUGUAAAAACAAUCAGAAAAUAAGUUACUACAAGAGGACAUGGAUUUCUUCAUGGAAAACACCAACUGCAUAAGGAUUCAAUCUAUUUUUAAAUGCCCAUCGCUCUCAUCUCUGAUCCUCCCCACAACCUUGCGGGGUAGCUGUGACAGCUAUUAUGAUAGAUGGAGCCAAGGUAUAAGAAAUGAAAUAAUCUGCCUAAAUUCACACACCAGAAGCCAAAUUAUGUUGAUUAGGUGGCCCAAGUGUUUUCUUCAUCUAUGAUGGACAGAUCAACUGGUGUCGAUCAAUUAGGACUUACUAAGUACUUACUAUGUCCUAGUUACAUUGUGGAGCAUUUGUAUAGAAAGGAAAAACAAAAUUGUUCCUGUCCUCAAGAAGCAAACAUUCGUGAGUAAUGAACAUCAAUUGGGGGACAUCUAUGUUGGUGUAUAUAUAUGAGAUACACACAAGGAGAAACAAAGAGAAAGGGGCACUGGCAACCAGAGGGGCCAGGAAAGAUCUGCAG